AUGUUGAGUGUUAAGCAGGCUGUUGCCGUGGAAGCUCAUUUCCCCUUGUCCAAGAACUGUUUAAGCGUAGAAACAGCAUAUGCAUAUGACUACAUCGUUUUCUACAGAUGGCUAUCACCAGAAUUAUACGAGAGAGGCCGAGUCAUGGCGCGUUUGGUCGCUGAGAUGAUCGAAAAGAAGAGUCGUCGCAUAUGGCUUGACCAACACCAGAUGACGAGAAGCACCGAAGCUGGAGAAGUCACCAAGAGCAUCUCCAAUACAUUCUUAACCGUGUCUCAAAUCAUCAUUCUCGCUGCCCCAGGCGACUGGGACAGGUUUACGAACCCAGAUGACAUUCAUCGAUGGGAAUGGGAGAUGAGUCUCAGAAGUGAUAAACAAGUUUGGUUGCUUCAAUAUGGAUUACCAGACAAUGGACAGGCAUUUUCCAGAUCACAAUUAGCAGAGGGCUUAGAAACAUACUGCCCAAGACUGGCAGAACUCUUCAAAAGCAGGGAUGUACACAUACGGUCAUUGACGAUGGAUAGCAUCGACGUGGUACUUAAAGAGAUCGCCGAGGCUGCACAGUAA